GUUGGGGGUGUGGCAUGUUUGUGUUUUUACUCUGAAGAAUGUUAAUAGUCUCUGUCCCCUUAUGUAGCAAAAAACGCGACAGGAAAACUAGAAUACAGACCAGACUUCUUUUAAGGGUGAGUUUGGCUUAGUGUAGUAGCAAAGCAGAAAGGGUUAAUCCAUGUCUUAAGAGAAUAUAGAAGACAGCAGCAAGGUGGCUUCAGGAAGGGAUUCGAAGGCUUUCUUUCUACCUCCCUGUUCCACUUGGAUUGAUAGGAGUUACUGGGUUAUCGUUCUUAUGUUUGCUUUUCUACGAAUUUCUUUUCUUUGUUAAAGACGACUUUCAUGGGAUAUUUCUUUGAAACUAUUAGAGCUCAGAGACAACUUCAGCAGCUAUCUCAACUCUGUGAACUUCAAUUUAGGCAUAAAUUCCACGUUUGACAUAUGUGCCACUGACUCAACAGAUGGCACCACCUAGUCCAAACAGCAGUACCCCUAACAGCAGCAGUGGGAGCAAUGGAAGUGACCAGCUGAGCAAAACCAACCUCUACAUCCGGGGAUUACAACCAGGCACUACUGACCAGGACCUUGUCAAGUUGUGUCAGUCAUAUGGCAAGAUUGUGUCUACUAAGGCCAUACUGGACAAGACCACAAACAAAUGCAAAGGCUACGGCUUUGUGGACUUUGACAGUCCUUCCGCAGCGCAGAAGGCUGUAACAGCACUGAAAGCCAGUGGUGUGCAGGCACAGAUGGCAAAGCAACAAGAACAGGACCCCACAAAUUUAUACAUAUCAAACCUCCCGCUGUCGAUGGAUGAACAAGAACUGGAGAGGAUGCUGAAGCCCUUUGGCCAGGUUAUCUCCACACGAAUCCUUCGUGACGCCGGCGGGACCAGCAGAGGAGUUGGCUUUGCAAGGAUGGAGUCUACAGAGAAGUGUGAAGCCAUUAUUACCCACUUUAAUGGAAAAUAUGUUAAGACACCCCCUGGAAUACCAGUCCCGCCUGAUCCCUUGCUGUGCAAGUUUGCUGAUGGUGGCCCGAAGAAGCGGCAGACCCAAGGAAAAUUUGUGCCAAGUGGACGAGCCUGGACAAGGAAUGGAGACAUGAGUGGUAUGGCCUUGACCUAUGACCCCACCACAGCUCUUCAGAAUGGGUUUUACCCAGCUCUGUAUAACAGCUCCCCCAACAGGAUGCUGGCUCAGUCUGCAUUCUUCCCCUGUCUCCCAUCGCCCGUGUCUUCGUAUCAGAGAGUAACUCAGACAUCUCCUCUACAAGUACCUAGCCCGUCUUGGAUGCACCACCAUUCAUACCUCACGCAGCAUUCAGGUUCCGUUCUGACACCAGGGAUGGAUCACCCCAUUUCUCUCCAGCCUCCCUCAAUGAUGGGACCUCUUACCCAGCAGCUGGGCCACCUCGCCCUCAGCAGCACAGGAAUGUUCAUGCCAACAGCUUCAGCUAUGCAAGGAGCGUACCUCUCCCAGUGUAGCCCUGUGCCUUCUUCCAGUGUUUCAGUUGAGACAAUGUUAUCUCUGCUUCCUGUACCAGAGGACUUGGUAAAUUUCCACCCCCACCCUGGACAUGCAGUGCCACCCUGGAUAUGCGGUGACGUCAUACAACAGAACAGAAGUACUUGAAUUUUCCCCAGGUUUUGAGCUUUGAAAUCUCCGCAUACAGCAAGAUCUGUCCUGGAAAGGCUUGUACUGUCGUGUGCAUGCCACACGCGGCGCACGCACAUUCAGAGGGCUCAAGGUGAAGACUGUUCCGUGUGUGUGCUGUGCAGGGGAGAAGACAAAGCUCCAUAGCUGUCUGGGGUGACCUGCCCCGCCCCAGUGUAUUUGGGCUCCUUUGUCAGGGAACCAGGACAUCAAAGAUAAUUUUCCUUCUUGUGGAAGGUCAGCAGGGAGCUGGGAGAGAAGACAAUAAAUCCAAUUCCAUUGCCUUUGCAAGGUCGCGAGUCCUGUUAGAAAUUCUGUAUUUGCUCUUUGACGACUCCUGUAAGACCUGAGCAUGCCCGAGGAAACUUAACAGGAGGAAGGCUGUGCCCAGCUUCUCCUCAUGACCUCCCUUCUGUGCUGGAAGGAGAGCGCUCUACUCCCCAUCCCCCGCCCGUCAGACAGAAAGCCUGAUGAUGGCCCGCGGAGACACUGCCUUCUUCAGGCCAGGUGAAAGGAAAGGAAAGAGAUGGUGGGGGAUGAGGAGGGGAUGCAGGGGAGACACUGUAAUAAUUGUUGUUGUGCCCAGAGUUCGGGCCCAGCUUUUCCUGCCCCACUGCAGGGCUUCCAGUAGAGAGACCCAGCUCUCCGCGCUCUAGAUGAUCCUCUCGCGUGUCCUGGGGAUCAGGGAUGGGCGUGCGAUGGGCGGGAUGAAAAGUGUAAAUGACACAGUUGCACUGUCAGUUCUCUUGUUGGUGCUUCCAGCCUCAGGGCUUUUCCUGUGCAAAACAGCCCCAAGCCCCGUAACCUUCUAGAGGGGCUGGCCGGGCAGGAAGCGGUUGUUUCUGAGUCUCCAGCCUUCAGUCAAGAAAGUGUCCCAUAGAUUUCUUAUUGCUGACCUUGAAGAAAAAGAGAACAAAUCUGGAAUCCUCUCCAUUUGGCUGAGAGUGGUUGGGGCUAGCCUUUCUGUUAGGUUGGGUGCGGCGGGGCCUGUCACGAGCAGGCUUCGAUCUCCUGACUGCCGUUUCUCUGCCUUCCACACGUCUGAUUUUGUCUGUUUUCUCUGUAUUUUUACAGUUUAAGUGGCUGUGAUUUUGCUUUGUUUUGUUUUAAAUUCUGAAGUUACCUUUUUGUGUGUGUGCUUUUUGUGAAUCUUCGUGAGUAUUUCCAGUUUGGGCAGGUUUGGGCUUGGGCUGCGGUGGGGAACGGAGUUACUUUGUGGUGGUUUCUGGCUGUUGCUUCUGGGUUAUGUUCAUGAUAUUUUCCCUUUAGUUGUUAUCCCAUUUCUAACCACUCAUAACGUGGGUGAGUGACGGGAAAAAGGAGGAAGAAUGAGGGUUACUGUUCCCAGGAAGUAGCCAACGGGAGGCAGUGGUGACAGGGCAGUAAGGGGGGGGGGGAGGUCUUCCCUCUCAGCGCCCUAGGACCCCUCGAGCAGCCUCGUGUUUCCUGAAUAUCUUCGGGUAGCCUCGACCGUGUUCUGUGUCCUUCACAUCUCACCCCCGCGCAUGGCAGGGGCUCAGAGCUUUCUUAGAACAGUUCAGUACUUCGUGUUUUUCUGUUUUUAGUCAAAUAGACCACCCCAAAGUCCCUCCUCAGGUGGCAUCAUCCUUUACGAGGCCCAGAGCCUGCCUGUCCCAUCUCCUGCCAGCGUUGGUCCUGCUCUUCUCAUCCUCUUGAGAUCAUACUCCGACUCCGGGAUGAGGAGAGUGCUCUUAACCAAAGAAUUUGAAGAGUGGGUCGGACUAGGAAGCCUGGUGGUGCUGAAGAGGUCAGCAAUGGGCAGGGCGGCGGGAGGGAUUGCCCUGAGGGUGGAGAUUAGACUUUGCUGCUCCUUUCCUGCCUGGAGCCACCUCAGCCUUGUUUCCUUUUUCCUAACUUAACUCACCAGUGACCUCAUACACUCCCUGGCGCCUGCGGUGCAGUCUCUGCUGCUUCACUGUCAGCACUUGGGGCCUGCAAAUGGGUGGUUUCUUGGUACCAUGAAGGUGCUUGAGAGGCCUUGCUGGAGUGGUGCAGGGAUCCCUAACUGUGGGGAUCUGCUUCUAGGAAAAGAAUCCUUGCCCCGCACUUGAGCUUGUGCGCCACCUUCUGGCACGCUGGCAGCGUUGCACGCAUGAGGCUCUGCUUUGACCUUACCCAAGGGCGAGAAACCUGGGUUCUGGAGCAGGCUCAGACUUGUUCCCAGGCUCUGCUAGACCAACUUCGGAGAAGAGGGUGAUGUGAUAGAGCUGCUCUUGCAGACCUGGGUCUUAACUCUUGUGCCCUUUUCAGAUUAUCCUUGAUUCCCCUGGAAGCCUCUCCACUUCCGCGCUACCUAUGUUUCAGGUCCUUCCAAGCAUGAGUAGACCCCUCCUGUGUACUCAGCUUCCUUUGGUAAGAGGGUUUUCCUUCAGUGGCAAAGGCUGGCCUGUGAGCUCUAUCACCCUUCUGAUCUUUGCAGAUUCAGCUGCAUCUUUCUCAGAGUGCCCCCCCCCCACACACACACUGUAGAAAUGAAAAAGCUAGGCAGUUACCACAGCUUUUCCCCGGCUUGUAUCUAUUUGUUUGGAAUAAACCUUCAUUCUCUAAGCGUAGCCUAGAACAUCCUUGUCCUUGUUCCAGCUCUGCCUUCCUCACAAUUGCACUAGUUCUGCAAGGGCACGUACACCUGGUUACUUUCCUUUAUUGUCUUUCCCUUCUUGUGGGUAGGAAGUUGGGGGCUAGAAAGGGGAGGAGUCAUGAUCAAAUGCAAAAACUCUUCUGGUUAUUUCUAUUUCUGGA